AUGAGGUGCAUUCGAUUGGGUGAUCGCUUGGGGGGUGGUGACAUAUGGUAUUUUGAUGUUAACGAAGGGGUGGAGGUGCACAUCGGUGUACGGCGAAGGUGUUGUGGGGAUGACGGGAGGCGGCUCGGGUUUAAGGUGGUUCUCCGACGAUCUAGGGGUCCGGUUGGGUGGUGGCAGUGUUGUGGGGAUGGUGAUGGGUCGGUGACAAUCCAUUCCAUCCACCCCCAUUUUUUUUUUCAUUCCAUCCUCUCUUGCACCAUUUAUCAACAACACAACAAUCCACCACCUUCGCCACCACCCACCACCACCAACACCGACGCCAUCACUGCCUCCACCCGCAACCCGUCGCCGCCUCCGCCGCCACCCCGACAACCACCGCCGCCGUCGCCACCACCCGCCACUGUUGCCACCCACCACUGCGGCCAACGCCACUCGCCGCCACCAACUGUCACCGACGCCAACGCUACUCGCCGCCACCACCCACCACCGUCGGCGCCACAACCACCGCCACAACCACCGCCACCACCAACCACAACCGCCGUCGCCACCCACCGCCACCUCCGUACCACCAACCACCACCGACGGCCGUCGUUGCCGCCACCCCCGUCACCGUCGUCACUGCCGCCGCCGCCGCCUCCACCGCCACCCUGA